AUGACAGUCCUUUUCCAACGCUCUCUGAAAGCGGCCAUCCAGUGAGGUUUCAGACUUUACUUAGUGCAGGCAUCUUGCUGGGUUCAGCUUAAAGAAAAAGACAUGUGGUGCAUCUGAAAUGAAUGCUCUUCCUUAAGUGGUGUUCAGUGAUAUACAUGCUUAUAUAUUUUUUGUAGCGUAUGACCUUGAGAAAUUCGCUCAAGAAGUUCUCUUGUGCAAGUGAUGGGUGCGUUAUAGCGAGGAUAUAGUAUUUCUUAAAGAUCAUCUCUCUGGCUCAAACAUGAUUAAAACUGUAGUGAAAUGAAAUAGAUUGGAAAUUCGUGAUAACUUUGUGUUCCCUGAAAAUAUGCAAUAUUGCGCGGAUGAUUUUCCUAUAAUGAACGCACAGUAGGAACUAGAACGCAGUGUACCACGUGACCUCGAGGAACCAAUCACCGGCCUUAUAGCGUACCACGUGACCACAUUCGACCAAUCAGCAACCUUGUUGUGGUCCUGUUCUGGGAAUAGACUUUAGUCAUCCAGACCAAAAUACGGGAGGAAGUUACUCUUAUUUUCUCUCAAGAUUUCUAUUGGUCUCGGCGUUGACUGCCCAUCAUGAGUGUGUAGGCAAGUGUGACAGAAGCCUACGGUCAAAGGAGGUGUUUGAGGCAUGGCUGACCCAAUGUUUGUUGCCCAGCGUACUUCCUCCAACCAGCUUUCUCUCAACAUUAGUGACGUCAUUGAUAUUAUUGGCCAAGAUGACCCUGAUUAUGCAGCAUCAGCCAUUUCUGUGUAUGGAGGGGUACAGAUGGGAGGAGGCGGAGGAGGAGGGGCUGCAAGUGAAGCAAACUUUUCUACCAUAUCCUCUGCGAGUAGACCUGACCCCGAUCUGGAGAGCAAACGUAAAGCCUAUGUACGUAUUAUAGAACAGCCCCAGGCUAAGGCACUCCGUUUUCGUUAUAUUUGUGAAGGACGUUCAGCUGGAUCAAUACCAGGAGUUCGAAGUACAACAGAAAAUAAAACUUACCCAGCUAUUCAGGUGGUAGGAUACAAAGGACCUGCUGUGGUGGUGGUGUCCUGUGUCACUGUUGACCCACCUUACCGACCCCACCCACACAACUUGGUGGGGAAGGAAGGAUGCAAAAAAGGCGUGUGUACAAUGACCAUUAACAAUGACUCCAUGCAGUGUGUCUUUAGUAACUUGGGAAUCCAGUGUGUCAAAAAACGUGAUGUGGAAGAUGCCCUCAAAUUACGAGAGGAGAUUAGAGUGGACCCUUUCCAGACUGGGUUUUCUCAUCGUAACCAGCCACAGAGCAUUGACCUAAAUGCUCUGAGAUUGUGUUUUCAAGUAUUCCUAGAGGGAUCAGAAAAGGGGAAAUUUACCUUCCCUUUAAAACCACAGGUUUCAGAUCCAAUUUACGACAAAAAGGCCACAUCAGAUCUGAUUAUCUGCAAGCUCAGUGACUGCACGAGCAGUGUGGCUGGUGGCAAAGAGAUUAUUCUCCUCUGUGAUAAAGUUACUAAAGAGGACAUUCAUGUCCGCUUCUAUGAGGUCAAAGAUGGAAUGAUAGAAUGGGAAGCCUUUGGUGACUUCCAAGCUUCUGAUGUCCACAAGCAAGUGGCCAUUUCGUUUAAGACUCCCAGAUAUAAAACUCUUGAGAUAGAGAACCCCAUAAAGGUGUACGUGCAGCUGUUGCGACCAUCAGACAAGAGUACCAGUGAGCCACGGCCAUUCCAGUAUUUGCCUCUAGACUCAGGUAGGCCUUUCACGUCAUUUAAGAGGCUAAAGAACAAUUAUGGGUUAUUCCAGCGUAUUCUUGGCCUGGACUCACCCUUGGCAGCUUCUACAACCAUAGAAGACAGUCUUCGUCACAAGACACCUCAGUCUCCCAGAUCAGGUUUUCUUGACAGUAUUACACUGGAGGAAACAAAACCAACACCACCAUCAUAUAUCAAAGUACCUUCACCUCCUGCAGCACAACCUCAGCCCCGUCCGCCCCCUUCAGCCUCACCCCCGCCACUGGCUCAGCCGAAGACUCCUACUCCCCCAUCACUCUCUCCUCCAAUGGCAGGAGCUUUCCCAUCACCAGGACAGAGUCUUGAUGAUAUCAAACAGAGACUCACAGCUACCCUAGACAGGAGGAGAGCAGGUGCUACGUCACCCAAAGCAAAUGUUGCCCAGCCAAGACCCUCACCCUUCUGGUCAGAUGAUGCUAGCGUAUAUUCAGAUCCAGACAUGUUGGAUGAUGUUCUUAGUCAAGGUAGUGUGAAUGACCUCCUAUCUGCAGUAGGAGAUGGAUUUGCAGUUUAUGAAGACAUAACAGGUAUAUCUGAUUCUGCAAACAAUAAUCCCCUGGGUGGAGAUGCUGUUUAUGGAGAUGCAUCAUAUGCAUCAUGCUAUUCAAAUCUUGAAUUUGUAAUGGGUCAGGCUAGGACUGCAGCCACUCCAGGAACAACCACGGGAAGCAGUAAUAAAGUAGAAGAAACGCCUCCAUCUUUACCGCCAAAGAAAAAUCCAAGAGGUUCUGCUAUACAACAAGAUGAUGACUUUGGAGAGUAUGGCACACCCUCUAGUCAACCUAUACAUCCAAAUAAAGCUGCUUUGUUAUUAGAAAGAGGCUUUCGUCUGGGAAAUAUCGCGAGUGUUAACAACACAAAUCAGAAUUCUGGUAAUCAUAGCGUAGAUAAUGCUUUAUAUUAUGAUCCAGGUGGGAGUCUUCAAGCGCCCUUAGGCUCGGCCUCAGAAUGUGAUGAACUAGAUGAUAUGUGGGAUGAAACGUCAAAUCAGCCUCAGGAACGCACUUGUGAACAGUUGCCACGCACCGUCCUUGAUUUGUUUGUAUAAUGUGACGUCUCUUCCCACGGGCUGAGGGCACCUAUUUAAGCCACAGGAAACAGUUAAAGAAGAAAAAGAAAAGAUGAGAAUAAUUGGAGGAAUAUACCAGAAAAGAUUAAUUUAAUUUUUUUAAAUGUACAAAAUUGGGUGUAUUUCAUAUUUCUAUUACUAAGACUUUUAUGGUUGUUUUUUCUUUAAACUUGUCUUAAAAACAUGUUCUUAGGUGUUUGAUAAGAAAGCUGUGCAAGAUUACCGGAAAAGAGAGACAUUUCCUCUCUUAGCUGUAAUUGCUCUUGCAUUAUGCACUUUUAUCAUACCAGUGCAUUUUCUUUUAAGCUUCAGUCCUAAUAAUUCAUAUUCAUAUUAAGGAGUGAAAUGGCUUAUGGCAAUAGCUUUCAGUCAGCCUUUUGUCACAUAGUAUGACCUUUGAUCACUUCAUUUAAGAAUCUCAUACAUAUUUAGAAGCAAAUUAGGCUCUGGAGGAUUAUUUAUGGCUUCAAGAUUCCACUUUGGGGUCUCUACCAAUUUGGCUGAAUUUCAAGUCUCUUUCCAUAGUGUUCCUAUGAAAUGAUGUUGUACUGUUAAUAUCAUGAAACAUUCAUUACUGAAGUUUGUGCUCAUUUUAUCUCAAAUGAUCAGCUAUCAUAUGUAGUUCAUUCACACACCUUGUCCAAAAAAUAAAUAAGAUACUGGGGCUAAGUGUAGUUUAUGCAUUUUUUUUUUAGUGUAGCCCAUGUCAUGGAACAUUUGUAGGGUAACAGUGUUAGGUGGUUUGAUGUUUUAAAUUUUUUUAUGGUGUUCAAAGGGAUUUCAGAUGUCUUGUAUUUUGAUUUGUCUAAAGGAUAGAUGAGAAGUGUGUAAAACAGAUUACAUAUGAUAGUUUUGUUUUGAUUUUAUGCCAACCAUUUAGUUUACCUGUUAAACUUGCUUUGAUUAACAUUUUAUUUUCACACGCAUUAACUGCUACAGAAUUCUAGUCAGGGUUGAUCAGGUUGUGGUGAAUAUUUAAAAGAAAAAUGGGUGGAGAUUAAUAUGAAGAACCACCAGUGCAUUCUAGGUCAGUUUGUCAUUUUAUCAAGAAAACAGUAGAAAAAAUUAAUGUCCUGUGUGACAAUUUAUCAAAAUUUAGGUACUAUGGGAAUGAUUGUCACUAUUCUCAUUGAAAAUAAAGAAAGAUGGAACAGAAGAAAAGCAAUAUGUUUAUUUUGUAAAGAUUGUGAAACACAAGUGAUCCAGUACAUUGUGAUUAAUAACUGAAUGUGAAAAAAAAAAAAUUGCUUCACCAGUUUGGUGGAAUAUAUUCUUAAGUCAUAAAAAAGAGAGAAAAAAAAACCAGGAUGGCAAAGUAAUCAUUAUUUACUAUUCCUGUUUCUGUUUCUCAGAAAUGAGAUAUUGUAAGAAUCCUCAAAUAAUAUUCUCAUUGUAAUUGUAAUAUGUAAAACAGGAGGAAUUUUUAAAUUCCUUGUUAGCUGACAUAAUCAUAUUACUAAUGUUACUUCUGGGGUAGCUAAAAGUUUCUGUGUUGUGAAAGAAGUGGUGUACAGAUAGAUGAAAAAAAGUAACUCACCGCAAAGGGUUCCUAGGAGAUCUGUCCUUCUGUUUAAAUUAUUAUUCAGGUGAGAUAUUUAGGUGCUUUAAAUAGUAAUCUAGUCAUUGAAUUUGCUUGUCAUAAUGUGUGACAGAUUUUUAACAACUGGCAACAUUAUCUGGGGAUCCAGCAUCUCCAUAUAUCAGAUAGGGUGGAGUAAGUUGUUAUAUAUUAAAUGAAUCUCUUUGUGUGAUCGAAUUAGGUGCUCAAAUACAGAGACAUGAAACUCUCUAAAGAGUUGAAAGUGCAAUUUUAUUUGUGGUUAAUAUUUUAGCAGCCAUAUUUCUUAAGCUUCUUGGAUUAUUAUAACAGGAAUAAGGGCAGUUAACAGAGGCCUUUUAAAGACUGUAUAAAUAAUUGGCUGCAUAAACUGUGCAAGUCAGAACUCUUGUUUGCUUUUUUAUAAUGAAUUUAGAAAUCCCUUUAACCCGCUGCAGUCAGAAAAAUGUAGUUUUUUCUCUGUAUUUUUAAUUUGACAGUCUCUACACAUAUAUGGCUCCACUAGUGCUUAGCCACCAAGGUUAGUAGACCUUGUGACCCCAAUUGAUUUUCUGUUUCCUAGAGUUUACAGGAGAAAUAUUUCCAAAAAUCUAGAAAACAGGUAAAUAAUUGACUUCUUGUGGAGCCAUCUGUGUGUAAAGACAAUAAACCAAACUCAUAGUGGACAUGUCAUGUACAUACAUACCAUCCCUAUUGGCAUUGGGUUAAGAUUAGAAAGUCUACCAUUUAUGUUGGUUUAAAAGACAGUAUUCAUGAUAUACUUCUUCAUAUACUUUCUUUAUUAAAAAUAAGAAUAUUUGAAAUUUGGUUCAUGUUGAUCAUAUUUAUAUUUAUAGAUUUUACAUGGUACUGUUGCCAUAAGUUUUAAUGUAAAAAAAAUCAAUGCUAGCCUUUGUAGUAUAAAAUAUUUUAUCUACCCUCAACAUUAUUGCAGCUGUGUCAGUAUCAGCAGACAUUAGUUAGACUUAGAAGUGGGGCAAGAGUUUUGACAAGCACUAUACAAUAAUUAGGAAUGGCUGUGUUUGUAUGUGUGUGUAUGUAUCUGUGCCUCUUAAUGUUCGAUAGCUGACUUAGUUCUUUUUUAGGAGCUAGUUGUCUUAAAAAUCAUUGAUUCUCUGUAUUUUUUAUGUAUAAGCAUUUGAGUGAAUGCAAUUGAAAUUUAUUACAGAAAGGAUAGGAAUAAAUUUGUUGGAGAAAGGUCUCUAAGUUGAUAUGUUUUAGAGUAUAGUAGUAGUUAAUAUAAUGCAAAUUUUUGUUUGUAUGUUACAGACUUUUAAGAUUCUUUAUUUAAUGAAUUUUAUCUACCAAGAUAGUACAAGUGUGGCCACAAUCACCCCUCCUACAGAAAAUGAGUGCACAGGAUUGGUUUUCUGGUCAGUGCUUUCUAAUGUUGAAAUUUAGUUGCAGGUGGAAGUGUUUUAUUUUGUUUGUCACUUGGAGAGGUUGAAGAUAUAUAUGAUAGGGGAGCUAGUCAUAGUGUAGUGUGGAAUCUUGUAUUUGGUAUUUUCUUUUUCCCAUAGAACAUUAUAUGUAGAAAAAAAAUCUGUAGGAUGUGUUCACAAUCAUUAUAUAGAACCGCCUCCCAAGCCGGACUUGGUCUGUGGGUACCACAUCUUCAUGAUGUCCUUACCAAGAUGAGUUGUUCUUGUCCAGUGAUGUGAGGUCCAAGAAGUAUAAAAUGUGUGUUAUAUUAUGCUUUCAUUUGUUAGUGGAUGAAGAUUUUAGAGUUUUAUUAGUUCAAGAUAGUAAUGUACUGUUUUUGACUUUUGCAGUUUCAUUGCAUGGUUUAUCAAUUUUAUAUUAAUGUCCUGAGCAUUUUAAAAAAGAAAAACAUGUUAUUUCAGAAUUUAGAGUUCAAUAUAGACUAUGAAAGGCCUAUGCUUGUACAUGUGUCUCUCUGUUUAGAUGAGUGUGCUCUCUUGGGUACUGUAUGCCUGUGUUGACUUUUUUCUAAUUAUUUUUUAAGGGUACAAAAAAUUUAAAACAUGGAAAUCAGACUUUUCGUAAUCCGUGACUAUUUAGCUUAAGCUAUAUGAGUGUACCACUGUCGUCUGGCUCUUAUUGUAAGCAAACAAACAAGUAUAUAUUCAUUUGACAAAUGGAAUAAACGGAGGGGAACAGAGAUGUACACAAUAAUUACAAUGAUUUUUGUGGACAUGUGCUUCACUUACAUUAAAAAAUACUUCAUGUACAUAUGAAAGGAUAUUAUGUUUGCUCCUUUCUUCACACACUUGAUCCUCUAUUUUUAAUGGUUGUUAUAAUUUGAGAACUGAAAAUUACUUAUAAUGCUAGUUUAUUAAGUUACUAAUUAUUCAUUUUGAAGGUUUGGUCCAAUCAUGAUUUUGCUCAUUCAUUCAUUAGUGUACUCACUGAAUGAAGCACACUUAUUUAUACACAGUUUAUUAUGUUAAACUCAUGGACACACACACACACACACACACACACACACACACACACACACACACACACACACACACACACACACACACACACACACACACACACACACACACACACACACUAACAUCCACAUUCACAUUCACAUUAACAUUCACAUUCACAUUCACAUUCACAUUCACAUUCACAUUCAUAUUCAUAUCUAUGUCCAUAUUUGUAUUCAGUCAGAUUCACACACAUGCAUUUGUAUGUGUACAGGCACAGGCACACAGUCACAAAGAUAUAUGUUUGUGAAAAACUGAUUGAUUAUGAUUAAGAGAAAAAAAUGGGAUGGAAGUGAUAAGAGGUAUAAAUAAAAUCAAAUGAAAUUGAGACAUUUUUUAAGAAGUCAUAAUUUAUUUAUUUGUUUAUUUAUAGACUUGAUUAUUUCUACAACAUAAAGGAAAAAUAAUAAUAAAAAGUUAAGUUGGAUAGUAAUGCCCCAUCUUUGGAUUUUAAGCACUUUCUUUUCUAAACUGUAUUAAAUUCAUUGCAAGAGAUUGAUUAUUAAUGUCAUGAAGGGAUCAUACUUUCUCUGGUUUUCAAAAAAUAAUUUUACCAUUUUGUUUGGAGCUAGGUUGCACAGUUUAAAAUUCAUAAACAUGUUUUGAUGAAUCAUAUUUAUUUUCUUGGUGCUUAUUUGAUGUAGACAAGCAAAUACACAAGAAAACAGUGGCCAUAUCAUGGAAGUACAUGCAGUUGUGACAAAUGAUUCAUUGUUUAGAUUGCUCUGCACUCAUUAUUUUCAUGAUUCUGAUGUACAAUGUAUAGAUGUACUUUGAGGAAUGGCGAAACAUUUGGAGAUAGAAUUCUGGUAUACUGUCCUGGUAAUGAUCCCAAUACGAGUCAGGUCAAAGGAAGAAGCUCUGAAGAAAGGAUAACUGACAGAUAGAUUAUUCUUGGAAAGUUGACAGGGUUUAGUCAGGAAGAAGCAAAGGUAUAAGUAUGAAAGUUUAAGAGUUGAGUUGUUAAAAAUGUCUGAUGUUUACAAUGUUGUAUAAUCACACUGAUAAUGCACAUAUUAACACGUAGGUAGUUGAUUAAGAGGUGCAAAUUUAUGGUUCAUUCAUAAGAAUAUCAAAGUUUUGCCCCUACUUUUGCCUAAAAUAUGGAAUUCUUUAAACUGUCUUCUGUAUGUAUU